UUAUGUAUAUACCUCAGCUUUCCUAUCUUAGGAUAAUGAUAGUACCAGUUCGUAUUACUGUUGUUAGGGUUAAAUGAAUAAAUAAAUGUAAAAAACAUAGAAGACUACCUUGUACAAAGGAAGCGCUCCCUUCCCUUAAUGUUGACUGUUGUUGCUAUUGCUUUUGUCGUCACUAUUAUUAUUAGUAUGUCUUCAGGUACAGUAGAGAUGAUGGAUGGCACAAAUGACAGCUCCCAAAACCAUUUCAUCCUUUUGGGGUCUUCUGACCAUCCCCAUCCAGAGAGAAUCCUCUUUGUGGUCAUCUUGAUUACCUCUGUCCUGACCCUCAUGGGCAAUACCACCACCAUCCUGGUGCCCUGGCUGGACCCUCAUCUCCACACCCCCAUGUAUUUCUUUCUCACCCACCUCUCCUUCCUGGACCUCAGUUUUACCACUGUCUACAAUCUUAGUGGAUGUGAUAAGACCAUCAGCUGCACAGGUUAUGGCAUCCAGCUAUUUCUAUUCCCGGGUCUGGGUGGUAUAGACAACCUGCUCCUGGAUGUCAUGGCUUAUGACCGAUUUGUUGCAGUCUGCAAACCCCUGCACUACAUGAUUAUUAUGCGUCCUUAGCUCUUCCUGGGUUUAGUGUUCCUUGCUUGGGGCUGUGGGGUGGCCAACUCUUUGACCUUGUGGUCAUCCCUCUGUGGGUACCACAUAGUGAACAACUUAUUGUGUGAGAUGUCAGCCUUGAUCCGGAUGCUCCGUGUCAACACAGCUGCCAUUGAAGGCAUUGCCUUUAUUCUGGCGGUGGGCAUUGUACUGUCACCCUCGGCUUUUAUCCUGGUGUCCUAUGGAUAUAUCGUGAAGUCUGUGUUAAGUAUCCAGUCAUCCUCUGGGAGACAUGAAGACUUAAAUAUAUGUGGCUCUCAUUUCACUGUAAUCUCACUUCUCUAUGAAAACAUCAUCUACAUGUACAUACAACCAGGAAUCAGUUCCUCCAAGGACCGGGGAAAAUUCCUCACCUUUUUCUACAACAUUGUUGCUCCCCUCCUAAACCCCUUGAUCUACACCCUCAGAAACAAAGAGGUGAAGGGGGAACUGAGGAGGCUGAUGAUGGGUAAAAGGGGGAUAGGAAAGGAGGAAGGGCAUCUCCUGCCUGUACACCAAGCCCUGAUCACAAUCCCCAUUGUGGGCCAUUGAUGGCGUCUGGAAGUAUUGGAUCUGAUCUUGGUUGGCUUGUGACUCCCCACUUAUUUGCCUUUUUCUUGGACCUCUAAAAGAAUGUUUCAAUUCUGAAAUAAUACAUCUCAAUGUGUGAACUGCACAACACAUAUCAUCCCACAAUGCUCCCUAGAUGAUUAACAAAAAGCUCCAAAGAGCAAAGGGAGAAAACUAGUUACAAGGGUGAAUUUCCACCAUCGUAUAUCAGAUUGCCAAGUAGGAAACAGGUUUCUUAAUCAGAGACUUUCGUUUUUGUUUGUUUUAGCUCAUUCACAGCAUUCUGAGUGUUUUUGUCAGAAUGGUCAUAAAUCUUUUACCAUCACUGAUCUCGAUAUGGACUAAGUGUCCCUCUUAGCUGGUAGCCAUCAAACACUGGAAUUCACCAUAGUUUGGUGUUUUCUACUUCCUGCCUUCUCGCCCAAAGCCUUUCAUCAAAUCCUAUUAUUUAUUUAUUUAUUUUUUCUACCAUUCAGCAUCAACAUCUGGAAUUUCUCCCAUACUCUUGUCUCAGAUUCUGGAUAAACUAAGAAGUUAACAUAAUAAUGAUAUACGAGUCAUUAACAUCUAAAAGUAUAAUUAUUUCUCAGGUACAUUUUAUUUUUUUAGGGAGAAGGACCUUGUGUUUAUUAAGUUUCUGCUAUGUGCCAGGUGCCUGUGAUUCACCUGCUCUUCUCAGCAUUUGUCUCAGGUCAGCAUGAUUAUCAUUAUCCCAUCUCAUUUCUUAUUUGGGUUAUUUGCUUCCUCUCCAGUUUUUCUUUUGUCAGUUUGGCCAGAGAUUUAUCAAUUUUGUUGAUCUUUUCCAAGAACCUACUUUUGGUCUUGUCGACGCUUUCAAAUGUUUUUCUAUUCACUAUUUCUCUUAUUUCUGCCCUAAUUUUUAUUAUUUCCUUUCUUCUGGUACCUGUGGGCUUCUUUUGCUGCUCUCUUUCUAUUUUUUUGAGUUGUAGGGUUAAUGUUUUGAUUUUGGUCCUUUCUUCUAUUUGGAUGUGUACAUUUAUUGCUAUGUAUUGACAUCUGAACACUGCUUUUGCCGUGUCCCAAAGGUUCUGGUAGGAUGUGUUUUCAUUCUCAUUUGAUUCUGUGAAUUUCUUUAUUGAUUUCCUCUAUUUUUUUUUAUAAUCCAGUAGUUUUUGAACAAGGCGUUGUUCAGCUUCUAUGCAUUUGAUUUUUUCCUUGCUUUUUCUAUUAUUGAUUUCUACUUUUAUGGCUUUCUGGUCAGAAAAGAUGUUUUGUAAUAUUUCAUUGUUCUGGAUUCUGUUAAAGCUUGGUUGGUGGUCUAAUAUGUGGUCUAUUGUGGAGAAUGUUCCAUGUGCACUGGAAAAGAAAGUAUACUUGACUACCAUUAGGUGGAGUGUUCCGUAUAGGUCUGUGUGAUCAAUUUGGUUGAUUUUGGCAUUUAGAUCUUCCCUGCCUUUAUUGAACUUCUUUCUGAAUGUUCUGUCCUUUACCAAAAGUGGUCUGUUGAAAUCUCCUACUAUUAUUGUGGAGCUGUUUCUCUUUUCAAUACUGUUAGAGUUUGCUUCAUGUAUUUUGGAGUCCUCUCACUGG